GACCCUGCCUGGUGCAGACCAAGGGUUCUAACGGGAGGCACCAGAGCCCGGCCCUGCCUGGCUCGGGCACCGUUCCCUCCUGUGGAACCAGCGCUUCCCCCACUGCUUUAUAAUCAACAGCAACUGGAGCCACCGUUCCCUCGGGAUGGGCUCCCGCUGCCGGUGCUUGGCUCCCGUGCUCUGUACUUAUGGCUUUGUUUGACAAAGGGGCUGGUCCAGCCCUUCCCUCCUCCAGUUCUGCUCCAGUGGGAUCUACCGGAGCUGGAAUCUGGGCAGGACCUGGAGAGAAGCAUCACCCCCUGCCCGGAGGGGAACGGGAGCCAAGCCUGGAGGUGCCCUGAGCCCUCCGGGCUCCGAUGGAGAGUGGGAUGGAUGCAGAGAGCUCCGGUUCCAGCUCUCCCCAUCUCUGCUGCCAACGAGGCCAGGCCUGCACCAUCCCCUCCCUGUGGGCUCUGCCCAUUCCCGGGGGGACCAAGUUCAUCCCAAACCACAAUUGCUGCUUGUGCUGCGCUCCCGGAUGUGCUGGAAAUAACCACGGCCGGGCCCCGGGCCCCUCCUUGGUGGCCGCAGCGCCCUAUAAAGCUGUUCCGGGAGCAGGGCAGUGAGGACAGACCCAGCAGAGAGGCACCAUGAGGCUCCUGGUCCUGCUGCCCCUCCUGGCCCUCCUCGCCCUUGGCCUCUGCCGCAGAGGGCCGGAGCGCUCCCUCAGCGCCGACUCUCCGAGAUCUGAAGCCUUUGCAUCCAAACGUACCAGCGCCGAGAUGAGGAGGCACAAGAGGAAUUACAUCUAUGACAGCAGUGUCUACGGCGUCGUGCGGGACCCGCUGGAGGCCAAGCGGGAGGUGUGUGAGUUCAACCCCGACUGCGAUGAGCUCGCCGACCAAAUCGGCUUCCAGGAGGCGUAUCGGCGCUACUAUGGCCUUGUGUAACCCCCCCAGCGCCCCCCAGCGCCCCGCUGGGCUCCCAGCACCAGCCCCCCCCCCCCCCCAACAGCUCCGUUUUCAUCCCGUUCCUGGUAACGGGACAGAAAUAAACGCACAAAACAGU